UUUAUCUUCCUGGUUUGAAAAGAUUACAUAAUUCUGCUUGAGACAUGUGAUAUGAAAACAGAAUUAAACUUUCCAAUCAUAGUCAAUCCAUACAAAAAAUGGAAGAUAAUCACAGCAAGAAACAGCGCGUAUGGUAUUUGUCUGACGGUAACCCAACACAGGAGGAAAGGAUUAAGGAAUAUGAUGAUUUCUGUUCCACAUAUGAGCAGGUACUUGGAGAAGAGGGUUGGCAGAGUCCGUAUGUUUGUGCAGAAACAAUAGGGUCAUAUAUAACAGAAAACCGAGACAAAGUUGAAAUACUUGAUUUAGGAGUUGGGACUGGCCUGGUUGGAAAGCGCUUACAUGAGCUAGGGUUCCGUACUUUUGAUGGAAUUGAUCCAUCACAAGGCAUGUUGACUCUGGCGAAACAGAAGGACAUAUAUCGCAACCUUUACUGUCAACUGUUUACAUCGGAGCCUACAAACAUUAAAGAAGGUAGUUAUGAUGCCAUUUGUACUUCGGGUGCUUUUGGAAAAGGUGACAUACCAGAAGACUCCGUGUACGAAAUGAUAAGACUUGGAAAACCAGGUUGUAUUAUAUGUUUUGUUUGGAGAACAGUAGCGUUUGAGUUGUUAUUGCCUUUAUUAGAAACAUUGGAGAAGAAUAAACUACCAAAGAAAGAAGAAAUUACAGAAACACAAAAAUAUCGGAAAAAUGUUCCGGCUCUCAUUAUUGUGUACCGAAUCAUUAAAGACUAAUUGAACAUUU